AUGAGUCUCAAUCCCUUAGUCCAGUUUCCAUCUGCCAUAGUCAAUGGCUUGAAGAAACUGGAGAAGCUUUGGUGCCAAGGAGUCAUGCUUGGUCCCACUCUUCCAAGCGGUUUCCUGCAAUUCCAGAGCAACACCUUGAAAAUUGUAAUCUUCGAGUUCAACAACAUCUCCAGACUGGAGCCAGGAGCCAUCACAGGUUUCGGACCUGAUACGAUGGUUUUUCUCAGCGGAAAUCAAAUCACGGAAUUGUCCGAAGAGAUCUUCCGCCCGAUGUUGGAGAUCCUCUCAACGGGAGUUGGAGUACUUACUGUAGUCUGUCAGUUUUACGACAAUCCCAUCCUGUGCGAUUGUAAAAUGGCAUGGCUAGUACUCAACCAGAAAUUCCUAAGGAACAUUUAUGGGAAGUGCAAUAAUGGAACAGAAUUCAAGGACUUGGAUUCAGGUUCCUUAAAAGCCUGCCCUCGUGAAUGUCCUCACCAGUGCAUCAACAUCUUACUGAUAUCUCUCUGUACAUCAGGGACCUUGACUCUUUCACAUGUGGACAACUGUCGAAAUGGAGAACUGUGCUGCCAGCCAUACAUCCAAAACACCACUACAAUAGCAUCUUCAUCAGUACCAGAUUUCUACUUUGUAUGCGGGAGAAAGAAUUAUCAAGUGACAUUGUCCAAAGGAGGAAAGCCAUCACAGAUAGGAGAAUGGCCAUGGCAGGUAGCCAUUCAUGACGCUUAUGAAGAGGAUAUCGUUUGUGGAGGGGCCCUCAUUCGAGAGCAAUGGGUACUCACAGCGGCCCACUGUGUCACUAUUAAGGGUACCGAUAGACCUCGGACCCAGGAAGACCUAUUGGUUUACCUUGGGAAACAGCAUCGAGCUAAUGUUGAAGACGAUGAAUACGUGCAGAUCAGACAGGUUGCCGGUUGGGGCUAUGACGGUUCGGAUCUUCUUACGGCUGUCCUGACAGAUGUUCAGCUCCCUGUGAUAUCCAAUCGCUUGUGUCGUCGGGACACUACAUCCUUCACUGGGGACAUCAGCGCCACUCGUACCCUCACCUCAAACAUGUUCUGCGCUGGACAUUCAAAAAACACUUCUCUUGAAGGACAUAUCGAGAAUGAUGAUAAGCCUUACCAUACAGAUUAUCAAACGGUGUGUCCUGGGGACUCGGGAAAUCCCAUGGUCUUCCUCUCCAAUACCUCACUGGACAGUUUCUGGACGGUGGAAGGAAUCGUUCACCCGAUGGAUCAACGAGGUUUUACAGGACUUCUGAUGCGGAAGAAUUGACAGAAAGGCCUUUUUUUGCUCUUGGACAUUACAAGCGGACAUGCUCAUAUAUGGACAUUCAUGUGCUCGCGUGCGUCUACCAACCCCCGCAAGCAUUGAAACGAGGA